ACCACUGUCCCCGCCUUUCCUCCCGGUAAAGUGAUAUCACACUGUGGCACCCCUGCUUCUCCUUCCACCCCGCCCCACCGGGACCGGUGGCAGCAGGGUUCCAAACCUCCCCCCAGCAGCUCGCGCUGAGGACGCAGCCAUGCCGAGGAGGAGCACCUCUCACCAGCCGGACUGCCGCCUCAUUUCACGUAUCUCUCGCGCUUCUUUAGAGAAGAAGAAGAGGAGGGUGCCAUGAGAUUCCCCACCGGCCUUCCUCGCUGGCAUCUGUCUGUGAGUGAACUGGAGGGAAAGAGAGGAAAACCGACGGCGGAGAAUGACGUGGUGGUUCCGGUUGUUGCGCGAGCACAGGGGCGCUCCGGGCGUCGUUAGUGACCGGUGCUGAGGAGGUAUUCAUUGGACUUUAUUGCUGCAUACGUUCCCGGACCUGACCGCAGUAAUUAAAAAGACACACGGGCUCUCAAACAGGUUGCUGAGAUUCCCCCCCUCCUCAGUCUGAAAGGUAAGGCAUGUUGGCUUUACAACCGUCCGCGCGCCUAUUAACGGCUCUGCGCAGCAAUUUCUCCGUUUAAUUGAGUGAAAAUGAGGCUAAUCAGUGAUGUAACAGCUGCUAAAUUGACCUCCAGCCGCCCAUUCAGUCAAAACAUUACCUCUGCUUUUCUCUCAAAAGUACCAGUUCACGUUUUUAUCUCGCUAAUGGAUCUUGUACACCUGAAUUUGACAUUCAUACUAAAUUAUGAGCCUAUUCUGGACAGUUAGGUGAGCUAAUCUAUUCAAGGUGAGCUGCUAUCAUCUCGACAUUUUAACCUUUUUUUUCCUCCUCUCUUAGAUAAAUGAAGUGGAAAUAACAGAGUUUGUGCAAGAAUGACCAAAAAAUCUGCUUCUUUUCCACACUUUUCAGGUUUGUGCUCCAUAAGAUGUCUAAUAAGUGAUUGUCCUUUUCAUCUAAUAACCUGUAACACUAUCUGGAAGUGAAAGGGAGUGAUGAAGAGUCUCGAAGAGGACUGAUCUUCUCAUCUACGAGAGCUGCAGUGUAGCUGACCAACACGCCAUUGACCACGGAGUCUUCUCAUCGCACUUAACGCUGAUGUCAUGUCUUUUUUUUACUACUUUCCCAGGGGGCUUUGCUGCACAGUUUGAGGAUGAGAUCCCGCAGAUGGUGACUUUUGCAGGUAAGCUGUGUGUUUGUGCUUAUUCUCUUUAUCUCACACACACACACACUCUACAGGGUCAAACAGAAGCCAUCUAUGAACCUCUUGCCCACAAGGUUUGCUCCUGUGGCGUCUCUGAUCCCUGCUCUGCACCUCAGGGGGGUUUUGCUCUUCAUACUGGUACUAAAGAUGUUCACUUGAAUAUCUCCAGCUGUGAUCUCAUCCCUUUUUUUUUUUUUUUUGGGCGCCAUCUACUCAGAGUUUAACCCUUGCAACAUCCACACUCUCAGUUUUUUGUUUAUUGCAAUAGAACUAAUGCAAAAUGAAUAACUAAGGGGUAACUAUUACGCUUGGUUACCUUUCAAACACAAAAGGAGACCUAAGGGAGUGUAGGUGUGUCAGUCAAAUGGAAAAACGGUCACCCGAAAAUGAAAUCAUCCACUUUUUCUCCACCCUCCCCCUUUUUUCCCCCAUUCUUUGCCGCCUUUGUUCCCUCCUGCUCGAGCCGAGGGUGUCUCUGUCCUAGAUGUGGAUGUGUUCCUCUCCUCACACGCUGAGAUGAGUGCUUUCAGAGAGCGACGAUACAGCAAAGUCCAGAUUUUACUACCUGGCUGAAUUGCCCUGUGAUGGAAAAAUAUUGUAAAAGGAAUGAUACUUGAAUAAUUGAAGCCCCGGGGCUUUAAAAUUGCAGGGACUCGCUGUGAUUUCUAGCGCAAACUUAGAGGCUAACUCAACGAAAUAUUCAUUUCAUCGUUUAAGAAUGGAUAUAUCAGAGAGCCACUCAGGCUCUGCCUCCCUCCCUCCCUCCCCCCUUCUCCAUCCCUCAGUCCUACUCUGUAUGUGUAAGGUCUCCUUUUACCAGAUAUUUCUCUUUGAAAUAAAUUAAAACUCAGGCACUGGUUGGCUAAGAGGGUCAAAAUGAAGUACAUAACUUAAGAUUUCAAACCUUUUUUGUCUUAACAUGACAUUCUAAUGAUUUUCAGGACCCGUAACUAGACCUGGACUUGAACACGAAUAUUAGCUCCAUCAGGACAAGGAAGGAGAGGAGGACUCUGACUUGUGUUUACUGCUCUUCCAUUUCUAUUAGUCACUCUUAUCGACCUGCCCUCUCUUUAUCAGUGUCGGCAUCAGCUAUUGGAAAACCGUAAUCUGCCGACCUCAAGCUGAAGGUAUAUUUUAGUGCAUUUCCUAUGCAGUGCACAUUUUAGCAUGGGGCACAACACUGUAAAUUUACAUGUAAUUAAUGUUCAUGAAGUGUUUUAUACACAUCCAAAAAGCCCCACAUAGUCAGUCUUAGGUUGAAAUGAAACACCUAACUGUUAUAAAUACUACUAACACCUGAGGACUCGAUCUCAUCCUCAGAUAAUGGUGACUCAUCUCUUAAUGUUUUUGUUGACUCAAACUCAAAUCAGGCUUAAACACAGAGGACUCACACCUUCAGUUUGGUAACUUGACUCCAACACUAGCCAUGUUUAUAUAUCUUGAUCGGAUCAAAACUUCGAGGGAUCAGAUAAUCUGAAACCACUGUUUAUAUGGGCGCAAAAUCAAAUAAUCCAAUCAUGUCGUGUGUAUACAUGAACCAAUCUUUAAUGAGAUUAGAAGCGUUUGGACAUGCGCAGAGUUGUCUAAUUUUGCAACCGCAGAAGAAGAGUUGUGUUUACGCCUGUGCUGUCAACAAACCAACAAACGUGGUAGUGGCUCACUUCAUCCAAUUCAGGAGUUUUCCCUCUGUUAAAUGUUGUCAAUAGAUGGCACCUUUGCGUAUUUAUUUUACAGUUCUGUCAAAGGUUGUACUGUGUGUGCAGAUGGGACAUUAUUACACUUUUAUCUUACCAAAGGAGCAGACACGGCACAUGCGGUUGUGUUUCAUGCCAGAGUGUUAGUAAAGUCAGAAACCUCCUGUACUGGCCUCAAUAAAAAAGUCAAAGGCUAAAGAGUGAAGAUCAAGUACAUGGACAUGUUUUCGGAUAACAAUCGGCAUAAACCACCCUACUUUAUCAGAAUACAAUUUCUUUUCGAUUGAGCCGUAUUGGAUCAGAAUCUUACAAUUGACACGUUUACAAGGCGAAUUUUUAUUCUGAUCGGUCAUUUAUUCCGAUUAUUUGUACCCAUGUAAACGCAGCUACUGUUUCUGCCUCAGAGUCAUCUGUAAAACGAAAUAAGUCCCUUGAUUGGCUGAUCAACGGAAUAAGGUGUUUAUUCAGGGAAAAUGAAUGAGUUUGUGUCUUGGACUCUGUAGAAUUAGCUGGUUUUCAUUAUUUGUUUGUUUAUGGGAAAAGAAAAGAAAACGUUAUAGGAAUUCAUUUUUUUUUAGAUGAAGUGAAGUUACGGUUAGUUUCGCACAAAGUCUGUCCCGCCCCAGAAUGACAAAAGGGGGCUCCUCUGGGCUGUUUCUUGCCUUGGCUCAUUGAACCACUUCCAGCAGUCUCAGACGAUUACACCUCUCCUCAGGAUGAGCAGAACCCAGGAAGUCACUCCUCCUGCAGAGAGAUAGUCCAACAACUCUAACACAACAUCAAACCAAAGUGUUUCUUUACAAACAAAGAGAAAAUUAUCACUGAGCUGAAGAGGAAGCAAAAGUGCAAAUUUCAGACCGAGCAUCUAAAGUGCUUUCCCAUUGUUUCCAGUCUUUAUGCUAAGCUAUGAUAAUUAAUUCCCGGCUCCUGCGUCAUAUGUUAUGGAGAUGUAUAAGAGCAAUGUAAAUCACCCGACUCCCACGUUCAGAGCAAAUAAGCAUAUUUCCAAAAUGUCAAGCUAUUCCCUUCACCUACAGUUUAAAGUUAUGCUUUCUAAUUAAAUUUUCAUUCCAUGGUUCACCCAGGUGUCACACGGGAGAAGGAGUUUUUAAUUUAAAACACAAAUCAUCACCACAUCAGCCCACUCCAAACUUUCCAGGGAUGCAGUCAUUUUGCCUCUCCAACUUUCAAUUAGGGAUUUGUUUGGCCGUGAUUGUGUAAGUGCAUGCCGGAUAUGUGUGUGUGUGUUUAAGCCGGUUGCGCACACACACACACAUACACACUUACACGCACGUACUUGAGUUUUUCUGUGGGUUGGCAUUUAGCUGACAGCGAGGAUCGUUUCAUUUCCCACAGAGAAAACAAAUUAAAAUAUGACACCUCUCUCAGCUGCCUCUCAUCUCCUGCUUUUCAGCGUGUCAAGAGACGACAAAACUGCUAAAUAUAGUUCAGCAAGAGAAAGGUGAACCUCUCCACCUCUCUUUAACAUUUCUAACCGUAUGAAGGGCUGAACCAAAUGAGGUUGUGGAAGCUUGAACAUGAGUAAUCGGCAGUUUUUUCCAUGAUUUGUAAAAGAGAAAGGAAGAAAAAAAUGAGGGUAUAAGAGAUGUUUAAUCAAGAUGAAAAUCUUAUUAUGACAAAUGCACACAAGAUCAUAAAACAUACUGAUGUGUUUUAGUAAGUUCUCAAAGGUCUUAAGAGAAAAACAACCACUUGGUUUGGAAAGUAGCUGCAGCUGGAUUUGUCAACUUAAUGUGAUUACUAGGGGUGGGAGAAAAAAUCGAUACAGCAUUGUAUCGCAAUAUUUUGUAUGGUGAUAUAUCGUAUUGUCCAUUUGCCAAGUAUCGAUUUUUCAAAUUAAUUGCUAAUACGAAGUCAAAUCUAUGAUAAUGGAAGAAUAAAAUCAGCUGUUUGUCCAGUAAGGUUGGCAGAGGAGACUAGGCAUGUGCCGAUAUGAAAAAUUUGAUCACGAUAUUGGUGGCCCAAAAUAUCCCGAUUUACGAUAUUAUCACGAUAUUAGCGCAUUGAUUUUAACAUUAUUAAAAAUGGCAAAAAACUGCGAAAUCACUUUUCUGUGCACAGCAUGGCACGCACAAACAAUAUGAGCAAGAGGCAGCUAACACAACAUUGGGAGCAUUAGCUUUUUGGAGCUAAAGUUAGCAGAAACGUCACUAACAUUGUCAAUUAUAAGCAGGUAAGUACUCGGCUUCGACUGAGUGCGCUGCCACUCAUCUUUAAAUUAUAAUUGUGGAAUGAUUAUUACAGUACCGCACAAUUUCAUCAUCGCGGCCGUUUAAUAUCGCGAUUAAAUCGUAUAUCGGCACAUCCCUAGGGGUGGGAGAAAAAAUCGAUACAGCAUUGUAUCGCAAUAUUUUGUCUGGUGAUGUAUCGUAUCAUCUCAUUUGACGAGUAUCGAUUUUUCAAAUUAAUUCUAAUAUGAAGUCAAAUCUAUGAUAAUAGAAAAAUAAAAUCAACUGUUUGUCCAGUGAGGUUGGCAGAGUACAACAAAUAUAAGGUUUCGAGAAAUACUACAUGAAAAUAAAAUACAGUGUAAACAUAAAGGGAAGACAAAUGCUAAAUUAGCUGAACAGUUUUAAAAAAUUGUAUAAAUCAUAAUAUAUUGAAUCGCAAUACUUAUUGCAUUGCAAAAUGUGAAAAAUCGCAAUAAUAUCGUAUCGUGGCCCUAGUAUCGUGAUAAUAUCGUAUUGUGGGGCCACUAGUGAUUCCCACCCCUAGUGAUUAGAAUGAAGAAAAACCUUAGAUCAGUGGUUCUCGAGUCCAGUCCUCGAGGCCCACUGUCCUGCAUGUUUUGGAUGUUUCCCUGCUCCAACACACCUGAUUCAAAUGAUCAGCUCGUUAUCAACCUCUGUAAUGGCUUAAUAACGAGCUGAUCAUUUGAAUCAGGUGUGUUGGAGCAGGGAAGCAUCCAAAACAUGCAGGACAGUGGGCCUCCAGGACUGGACUUGAGACCCACUGCCUUAGAUGCAAAUUUGAGGAGCUCAACCAGAUCAUGUUUUGCAGUUUCCCUUUUAAAACACCACAUAAUUAGGAAUUCAUCUCAAGGUUUUUUUCUCAGUUUUAAGUCACACUUCUAGUAGGAAACAGACCCAUGAUUUCAGCUCUACCCUUAUUUUCUAGACUGAUGGUUUGGAGGACAAGCAGUCUUAGCAAAUGCAAAAACCUUAAUUUAUUCACUGAAAAACAAAGCUCCUGCAGAGCUACGAUGCAAAAUCUGCAAAUGAAGUAAACUCUGCUGUCAACAAGCUUGGAACGUAGAGGUUCAUACGGUCAAUUUAAGCUCUCGCCUGCUGUUAGACUGCAGGUUGACUAUCUGUGGCCGUGUGUUUUCUGUGUCAUUGGCUCUGAAUGCACCUGACCUGGUACGAAUUUGGACUUAGAACAGGUAGUUGGCCACAUUUACAAACAAAAAAAGGCAUCAGGAGGACUCUGUGUUUUUCAGCAGCUGUCAGAACUACAACAAUUGCUGAAAGUCACCAGUUAACAAGGUCACUUAUCAGAGCAGAACACCAGCUGUUUAGAGCAGAUAGACGACAGCAUGCUUUUGUUUAAUAGCCAAUAAAUCACAAUCUAAAUCAAACUGUUAUCACUUUGUGUGUCUAUUAUUGGUAGUCGAGUUUCUCUGAUGACUGAUAAGGCCUUUAAUAAAUAUUUUGGGAUUUAACUGUCGGAUUUGAGUUCAGCGUUGUGAUUUGCAGUCAUGUUUUACGAGUGAAUGUACCAUGUUUCAGUGCUACACAUUUCACAAGCACUCAAUGUGUUUUAAAGAUUAUUUUUUAUCUUUUAUUCGGUGCCCUGCAGCCUUGCUUUGCAGGAGACUUUGCUGGGUUUUUUUAUUAUUAAUAAAAAAUGCUGUACAUUUCAGUAUCACUUACAAUAGCUGUCCAUUGAGGAAUGUGCUGAACUGCUUAAAAUGGUGUUUAAAGUAGCUGUGCAACAUGGUUCUGGGUUUUUCUCAAAGAAGUUGUGGACAGUUUUGACUGUUGACUGUCACAAUUUCAACCGCUUAAAGGUGGGGUAGGCAGGAUCUGAGGAAGAAAUCUUGACUAUAAACUCUACCCCUGCCAACCAGUUUUCCCCUCAGCUCCUCCUCUCCCCUCCCUCUCUGCUCCAGCAAGCCCCGCCCACAAACAGACGCUCCUGCUCGCUCGUAUCGUUCUAGUUAAAUUCAGAUAUGAUGCAGAUAAAUACUUAAGAUAACUAGAAAAUGCAAUUUCUGAAGAAAUUGCGAGUGGGAUUGCUUCAGUUGAAAUUGCUAUCGCUAAACUGCUAUUGCGAAUGGCUGAUUUUUAAAAAUAUGUGAAAGGUCAAAAGGUAUGAAGUAUCAGGAAGAUUUGAAGAUUUGAAUUAAUUUGAAUAAACUCAAUUGAAUGAAUUGAAUAAUGCAUGGACAAUAAUUUUGAAAAUUCAACGUAUGAAAAUUAGAAUGAUUAAAAACCCUGAAGCAUGGGAAAGGCUUGAAGAAUAAAUAAGUUUUAAAUGGGUUUAAAUGAGUCUGAAUUUGUUUGAAAGAACUGAAAGAUGCACUAAAAGUAAAAAAUGAUUUAAAACUGGAAAAUUAGAAGGUUACAGAUCUGGAAGAAAAAGAGGUUUGUAGAAUCAAAACGGUUUAAAUCAGUUUGAAGGAGUUUAAAUUAGUUUGAAGAGUUAAAUAAUGCAUUUUCAAUGAAUGAUUGAAAAAUGGGGACAAUGUAAAUGAAUAAAAAUCCUGAUUAGACCCCAUAAUGUCCUCAGUGAGCUGAAUUUAUUAAGCCCUGGAUGGUUUUUGUAGCUCAAGGUUUGUGUGAAGAGAUAGAUGACAAAUUUCGUCAAAUAACUCUAUUGAAGGGUUUUAAAUGUCACCCCCAGUACUCUGUGUACUGAGCCUGGCUUCAUGUGUCUCAUAUGGCUGUUAGAAGCAGCUUUCCAGCCAGCUGUGUGUCUCCAGGUGCUCUUAUUGGUUGCCAUGGUGACGAUAGAUGCUUAACAACAGCAGGAGAAAGGAGGCUUGAGGCUGAGAACGUAAUGCCCAAACAACGUCAUAUUUCUCAUCCUCUCUAACUGCUAUCUUUAUGAUAGAGAGCUUGUAAGAACCACAAGGCCCGGCUGAACACGUUGAUACAACUUUGGUGUUUGUGGAGCCAAAAAUGCCUUCACUACGACAAGUUAAAAACAUGUCCAGUUUGUGUUUCCUCUGAAAAUCCUCCUCUCAGGUUUACAUUGGAGUCAAUGGAGAAGGCUGGAGAAAUCUGGGGGAUGUUUGCGGCAGUUGGUGUCUGCCCAGGCCACUGUGUGUGUCCCAUUGCUUUGAUUUUUUAGAUGAAGAGUGACAGCGAGUUUUGCCAUCACUGUACCAAUUUUUAUCUGUGUAGAGCGAAGUGAGUUGCCACAAUCCUUUUGUAAAGACAAAGUUUUGAGGAUCAAUUUUCAGCCUGUCUCACUCUAGCUGUGAGGUCACCCACUCUAGCGGCCAACAUUCCGUGCAAUACACACUAAUGUUAAAACCUGAACCGGUCAGAAAAUCCUGUGAAUUUUUGAACUGUCACUGUGAGAAGAGUAUGGAUGCCAUGAAGAUGGUGAAUGAAUGAGUGAAUGUCUGAAGAUGUGUGAAUAUUUUAAAGUUUGAAUGAAGUUUCUAGGUGAAAGUAUGAAUGAAUGAGAAGAGGUUGAAGCUGACUACGUCUGAAGCCCUUUUCCCUUUGACUGCCAUUAUAACGAAGUUUUAAACAAAUCUUAAUAUUUUGAAAAGUACAAAUGGGAUUAAAAAUGUUGAAGAUGUGGAAUAAUGCUGACGAAUUUGUGAAUAUUUUGGUUUUUGAAUGAAGUUUCUAUGUGGAAGUAUAGAGGAGUUGAAGGCUUUUGAAGUUGUGUGAAGAAAAUGUGAGAAAAGGGCCAAUUUGAACAUUCCGUAAUGCAUUUCUAAUGGGAGAAAUGGGUCGGAAAACCUGGAAUAUCUCGGAAAGUAUGAAUGUUAGGAAAAUUUUGAAUACACCCCUGAAUGUCCUCAAUGAGAUCAAUCUUUUGAAGUUUGAAUGGUUUGAAUACGUUGAAGUAUGUGGAAGUAGUUAGGGCACAAAAAACGGUGGAAUAAUAAUAAAGAUAUGAAUAACAUAUAGUGGGAAUGCUUCGCAAUCCCACUCAAUAAUAAUAAAGAUAUAAAUAACAUAUAGUGGGAAUGCUUCGCAAUCCCACUCAAUUACCGAUGGGUCCCAGUCAACGUGAAAGUAAAAAGCAUUGGUGCUACUGUAGAUGCCAACAGACUACCAGAAAACACAAUGUUUGCAGGACUUCUACAACUAGGAUAAAGAGACAUAGUCCAGGACCCAAGGUAAACAAUUUAGCGGCGCUACAACAUGCAGCAGGUCCCGUUUGACAAGAAACACUUCUGUUACAGACACUUUCUUUACUUUGUUAAAGUGGUUUAUCUGUCCAGCAGAAAGGUUACAGGGUCUGUGAGAUCCCAAAGCGUCCCCCAUCAUUGUUGACCCGGCUUGUACGGUCUACCCCCUUUUUAAGCGCUCGUUAUUCCACCAGAGUCUCGUUGACGAGUUUAGCGUUUGACUGACGAAAUGUUCAUGAAUUUUGCAACUCUUUUCGUCAUCCACCACUAACGUUUUCGUCUAGUCUUGUCAACGUAACCGUACAUUUAUCUCGUCACAUUUUAGUCAUCUGAGACUAAGACUUGUCAACCUCACGUCUUUCGGCGUGGAAAAAAAGGGGCGAAAACAACCAAUGUUAUUUUUGUUGAUGAUGGCGUUGACGUAAUAUUUUCGUCAACGUCAACGUUAUUGUCAACGAAAACAACACUGCUCCGGUAUGUACUUUGUUUUCUUGCUUGUGUUGGCAGUCGUGGCUAAAGGAGGAUUCAGACUGUUCGAUAUUGUAACACGCUAACUUUAUUUGGGCUCGUGAACGACAUGGGGAGCAGCGUCUGCCUCACAACCAAUCAGGUUGGAGGAGGCAGGGAAUGGCUUUGUUUACAGUCAGAAACCGCGAGCUGCUCAAAAAUUUUAAAAUGCACACAAUAUCAUUAUAUUACCAAAUGUCAUAAAUGACUAAUAGCUAUUGACUGAUAUUAAAAGCUUUUUUGUAUUUACACCACAGAAAAAGAUGCUUCUUUAACACCUUUUAAUGAGAGAGAAGUUAAAUUCCUGUUUUAUUAGCAGGGAAAUUUGUCGCUGGGAUCAUUAGAUCUUGCUUCAGUAACCCCUGGUUGUCUUCACAGCAGCUAGAUUUCCCUCUUAUGCGCUCUUUUUGCACGUCCUUCUCUCUGCAACAAACACACUAAGCAUUGCUAUUCAGCUUCAGUCCAGAACUCCGUAAAUCACAAAGUAUUGAAGUACUGCCGACUGUCACUGAAGUGCUUUGUAAUGUUUGAUGCUGGUCCAUUGGUCACCUGGGAGUUGUAGGGCACUGAAUCACUCAAAGGGGGUUAGUUUUUGGUUUGUUUCUCUCUGAUUCCUUCAAUGAGACAGUCUCCUUCCUGUUGAUUGGAGUCAGGAGCUGACAGGAUUCCUGGCAGAUCCUCUGACUCCUUUCCGGCACCGUAUUGUGAACAAAGGAUUGUAAAACGUGUGCUCUUGCUUGGAUUUGUGUUUGCGUGUUUUUCCUAGUUGAAUCAGACAGCUUUAAAUCCACUGAGAGUCCUUCCUGAACCGUGCUGGUUAAGAUACUGUGACAGCGUUCGAGUCGAGUCUCCCAACCUCUGUCACUUUGUGUCUUUGUCUCUCCAGUCUGUUGGAAACUCUCUAAUCUGAGACUUCACCUCUUUGCUCCCUUUCUAGUAUCACUCAGUUGCAUUCUCGUCCUAAAAUCUUAUUUUUUUUCGCCCUGGAGAGACUCACUGGCUUUUGUCUUUGCCAAUACACCUCAGACGAGGAUUACAUUUGUUCCUAAUGUGCCGGUAAAGCUGCAGAAGUGAUGCACUACUUCAGCUUUGAAGCCAUGAAGUGAGAGGAAUUGAAACGAUAGAGGAGAUAAGGCUGAAAGAGUGAACGAGAGGCAAAAGGAGAAAUGAGGAGACGCGAGGCAGCGGGAAAGGAGAGGGAGGAGGUGAGGAGACAGAGAAACGGGGACUAAGAGAGACUUCACUUCGCUUUUAACUACAUUAUCGUGGACCGUGGUGUAUAUAAUUUAGUACCAUGACGCAAUGGAAGAUACUGCACCGAGUGAAGUGUCUGCGAGGGAGCCAAACAUGAUCAUUUCAACACACACGUUAUCCUCCAUGAUUCCGUCUGUUAAAAUUUUUACCCUGUCUUUACAUAUUUUAAAAUAUUUCCUCCUAUUCAGACUAUUGAAGCACAAAGAGGGGAAAAAAACUCAGCAUGGGUGUUUCUGGAGCAAAGGUGGGGGACGCGGCUCCACAGUCACAAACCACUCAGCCGCAAACUCGGAUUAGUUUUUACCUUCUGGGUGAGAAUCCUCGGUGCUGAAAGUCUAAGUGCCGCAGCGUUUGAACCAUCUCAUUUGGCACUAAAACUAAAAUUCCCAUUGAAUUAAAGCCUUCAGAGGCUUGUGGCUUUUAGAAAAUUACAUUAAUACACCAGUAAUGAGAAAGAGGCUUGAUAGUUUUUUCAUCAGUGUAAUUGGGAUAAUAAAAUAUUUUUCUUUCUCUCCGCUGAGGAUGUUUGAGCUAAUCAACUUCAACAGUAGUUUUACAAAGUCAUCUGCUCUUGUAAUUACUCUAAUGACAAAGUUUAAGAUUAGUAGUCCUGCUAGAGCCCGACCAUUAUAAAUUAGUUUAAAUUAAUGUCAAAUUCAUGUAUUUAUAAAUGGAUAGAAAGGUCAUUUCUCUCUCAGCGAGUGAAUUAAUAUUUAGACUUUGUGCUCGGUGUUUUAAUGCGACUGCAGCCAAAAAGAAGUGAAGUUCAGCUACAUGUCUAUUUAUUCUGUAUCUCCGGCUCGCAGCUAAUUUAUUCGCCUUCUGUCAGAUGGACUUGUUUAUAAGGCGAGACGCUGCGUUUGCUGUGUGCAGUGGAGAUAAUUACGAAAAGGGGGACUCGUGAUUUCUUCUCAUUUGCACCAAUUCUGCUCCCGUGCGACUCUGUCAAUCAGAGUUAUUUGUUCGAGACGACUCCAAACUCUGGAGGACCUGACAAAUUUUAGUACUUUGAUAUUUUUUUGAAGUGUUUGCGCAUGUCUGUGUUUUCUCCUGGUUUCACCCUGACAUGGAGGUCUGUUUGCAGUGUGCGUUUUAAACCGUGUCGUAAUGACGUCUCUUUACAGGGUGAUUUGAUUGUAUAGAUCCUGUUAGGCGCUCUUGAACCGGUCACAGCGAACCAGUUGUGACAGGACAUACAUACACAACUCAGAUUUAGUAUGCUGGAGCUGCGCUGCACAUAUGCACACAACUAAGUGGCCAUAUGGUGAGGGUGCUGCUGCGUCCAGCAUGAUAAUCCUCCUCCCUCCUGAGUAGGACUGGGCGAUUAUAUGAUCAUGAUCGAUGCUCACUAAGUUGUCGGAGAAGUAAACGGAAUGACCAAACAUGGAGCUGAACGCGGAGCCGUAGGCAACAAAAUAGAUGUCAGCCAUGACUUUGGCUAAGUUCACACUGCAGGUUAUGAUGCACAAUUCGGAUUUUUUGGUCAUUUCGAUCUUUUUGUGCGGUCGUUCACAUUACAACAACGAAUGCGGCAUCUAAUGUGAAUGGAAUGCGUCCAUGAAGUGACCCGCAUGCAAACAAAGUACAAAUUUCUUUCAGCGCCUGUUUGUGUUGCCGAACAAUGGUGACGUUUGUUGCAUAUUGAUGAUGUAUAGGUCAGACGAAUGCGACCUGAACGUCCACACUGCAGUCACAUCGGAUACAUGUCUGAUUUAUAUCCACAUACAAAAGAGGCCUGGGUCGGAUUUGAAAAAAUCAGAAAUGCGCUGUUCACACUUACAUGAAAAAAUCACAUAUGUGUCACAUAUGGUUAAAAAAUCGGAAUUGACCUGCAGUGUGAACAUAGCCUUUCUCUGAAGUUCUUCAACCUCGGUUGUGUGGCGUUGGCUCGGGUAUCUCCAAAGUGACGUUGCGCAAUUAAGCCGAUGUGCUAGAUAUUUCGCCGAUCAAUGCCCUAAAAAACUAGAAACACAACAGAUCUGUUGAAUCAUUUGGAGAUUUACUUUGCCGAGUGAUUAUGCGGAAAGCAUGAAAAUGCGAGCAGAGUCUGAACAGCCUGCCACUGCUGACGGCACAAGUAACAUUAGCAGUUUAGCCACAACUAGCGGUGCAGCCACCAGACCAAAGCAAUCAAUCAAUCAUAUCAUCUAGCGUUUACAUCAUCUAAUGAUGACAUUUUAAGGCGUCUUCAUUGUCCCUGAGGGGGAGAUUUGUUUAUUUUGGGUCUUGCAUACCUGUGAAAACACUUAGACGGUAAACUUCACUGUAUUAUUUAGAAUUUAUCUACAUUUGUUGUUCUGUUGAGUUAAAAUGCUUUUUAUGUUUUUCUAAGUUUAUCUUAUUCAAUUUGCUUUGUUAUUUACUUUGCCUGUUAAUAAAAUGUUGAACUAAUCUCUAGUUUCUUAAGUUUUAAGUACAGAUGCUUUAAAACUGGCAGUUCAAAAAAAUCGUGAUAAUAAUCGAGAUCGGACGAUAUGACAAAAUAUAUCGUGAUCAUUUUUGUUUUGCCAAAUCGCCCAGGCUUUCUACUCCUGAGUGACAUCCAGAGUGGUCCCUGAGGAGAUGCUUUUGAUACUCCUGCCCUAAACUUCAUGUUGUUUCAUCUCAUCACUGCAGGUCUUUGAGGAUCUUCAUUGUAAACCAGAUUAUUUGUGAAAUAACUGUUAUGAUUUAUCAUCCUGCUGAGAGUGAAGUUGAUUAAUUUGACAUUUUUGAUUCAGGGAACGAAAAAAUCCCUCGGCUGCCAGGAGCCAUAAACUAAUUCCAGCUGUCAAGUGUGGUGAUUUUUGUGCUGCUCUCUGCUCUACGUUUAUUUUUUUUUAGCUGUAUUUCCAUUUUUGUUUACGUUUGAUAACACUAAAUCAAAUACAAGAUGAAGCAUUCAGCAGAAAACUGAGAUUGAGGUGGAGUCAGAAUUUCCAACACAGCUUUGAAAACUCCACUCAGACUGUAGACUCACGCUUUAAACACAAAUCUUCUUGUAUUUGUUUGUUUUUCUGCAGGUUUCCCAGUGAGGAAGGUUUUAAGAGAAACGCCCUGCAGGCCUGUCAUGGUUUCCAACCUGCGCUCACUCCUCUGUCUCUGCAUCUCCUGCUGUCUUCUAAUGUAAGCGUCCACCUGCACGAUGAGAUAUCCGACUUUUCGCGCCUUACUAGCGGGGAAACAAAAUUCCUCUGUUCAACAUAUUUGAGAGACCCAGACUACACGAGCAGAUAUUGUGUGAAAUGAGCUUAUUUGUUGUCCUCUUAAAAGGGAAAUUACAAGAUUGAUGCCGCUCUGAUGUUUGUGUGUUCAGUACAGAGUCGUGGCCAAAAGGCAAAAAGCCUCAUUUACAGACGGAGUAUUGUGUGCGCACUGAUUGAAUCUAAGAUAUCUGGAGAGGAGUGAGCUUCGGAGGCGUAAUUUUAAGCCUGUGUUACACUGCGAGUCUGCUGCAGCACUAAUCCCAUCGGAGAGAGUGGGCUUGCCAUGGGACACUUUGAGGGACCUGGGAUUGAACCCCAGACCUUCUGAAUACGAGACAAGUCACUCUAACGCUGAGCCAUCAUUUUAAUUUAUCAUCUAUCUGCAUCUGCUCGUCCUGAGAUAACCCCAGCUGUCUGAUAAAAGCUGUGUGAUAACCAAACUAGUUACUGCGUAUUUCAUCAGUUGAGGUUACAUCACAAUGUUACAUCAAUAUACUCAUUCAGUCGGUGUUAUAGAAAACUCUGAUCAAACGCUGAUCAUUGUGCAGAGACUUGAAUUGAAUCUCCAGCACGGCUAAAGUCCAGGGGCCUCAUUUACUAACCCUGCGUACGCACAGAUGUGUGCAUAAUGAGUGCGUACGAACAUUCCCACGCAAAGUAUGGAAUUUAUCAACCCAUACUUGUGCUCAUAAAUUUAAGCACAACUCUGACCACGCUUACGCACAAAACCUAGUGGUAGAACAGUGAAACUACAGAUAGAACCCAUUAAAGGAGUCACAGCGUUCAGCGAUCUCAGACUUCACACAUGUUCCCCGUUUCCUCUGUACAAAAUUUAUCAAACGCAGACAUUUUGCAUGAUUGGUGCGACAAGCUAUAAAAUCAGCUGUGACAGGACAACCUCAAAAUAAUUUUGCGUGUUUUCUGCGCCAUCUACAGGAUAAGUCGGGGAACUUUUCAAAUGUCGGAACAUUUUCGAAGUGAAACCGAAUCUUAUUCUCCGCAUUUUAUUUCUGAAAAUAUCGGCAAAAAUCGGCAAGUUUUGGCCAAUUACUGAUUAGUCUCAAGCGGGCUAAAAUUGGCUGAUUUAGUCGUCGCUGAUAAAUCGGUUGGGCCCUAAUGUUCAGUGAGAACACAGAGUGGCUUUUCAGCAGGUACCGCUUCCCCGAAAACAUUUUCAAGGAUUUAUGCCGUGAUUUACAGCCCGUGUUGGAGCGAGAGACUAAACGCACCAAAGCCAUCCCAGUGCACAUCCAGCUCUUGUCCUUGAGAUUGGAGACAUAUGCAGCAUUUUGCAGCCAACGCUAAGCAGAAUGGUGCCGGCAGAGUUGGAUGCAAUAAUUUCUCUGGCCUCAACUCACAUCCAGUUCCCGUACACACAUCACUAACAAGCCAAAAUAAAAGCCAUCGUGGGAUUCCCAAACAUAAAUGGAGCCAUAGAUUGCACCCACAUUGCAAUAAAAGCACCUUCACACAAUAAAUUUAGUUAUGUAAACAGGAAAGGAUUUCAUUCAAUCAAUAGACAAAUAAUCUGCGAAGCACAUAUGAACCUGUUAAAUGUUGUUGCCUGGUGGCCUGUAGGAACAGCUCUGUGAGUGUGCACCUCCAUGAUUUAGUCGAGGGGGAAAAAUCCACUUACUUGUUUUUAGGGGUUUGUUGAUACUAUAUGCGGUCAAUUGGAGGCGUUUCUGAAUGCAAAUGACCCGAACCAUGCACGAGCACAGUAAUAAAGAACAGGUGGGAUUUAUCAUAACCGAUGAGUGUGCGUACGACCGUUUUUUUUUUUUUACUUACGCUCAUUUUAGAUUUCAUUCCUACACCAGAAUUUAGAACCUUUUCUACGCAUGAUUGUUAAAUGAGGCCCCAGAUGUCUAAUUAGCUGGUUGUGUUUCUUUCUCGAACUGUUGUCUCCUUCUCUCUUCUGUCUGAAGGGUUUGAUGGAGAGCUGGUCGAAUGUCAGCGGGAACUAUCGUUAUAUCCGGAGGAAUUCUCGCCGGAGUGAUACUGCUGUGCAUUAUAGCAGUGCUCUGUUACUGUAGACUCCAGGUAUCACCGUGUCUCUAUGUUGGCGUUAUCGCUUUGAUAGCCUUCUUCUUCUUUAUAAUUCAGCAGGCAGUCACCGUGACCUUUUCCUCCGUCUGUCUCUGUUUCGGCUCCCCUCUGCAGUAUUACUGCUGUAAGAAGAACGGCUCUGAGGUGGACGCUGCCCCCGCCGCAGCGCCAGACCCUCUCUCUCACUUCCCCUGCAAUGCCUGCAACAUCCUCGCCAUGGACGGCGCCGCCAUCACCCCCGUCUCCCUGGAUCAGCUGGACUCUGGCUCUCACCACAACCACUGCCCCACCUGUUCCCCGUACUCCGUCCGCUCUGGACUCACAAACGACUUGCAUAACGGAGGGGAGCGGCUCGGCUUCCACACCUACUACGAGAACCCGUCCGUCUCUUUCCCACUGUCCAUCACCCCACAGGGUUCCCCCCAUCUGAGCCACUUCAGCCACAAGGGCAUGUUUCCACCUCCGCCCCGGCCCUACAGCACCCAGGUCUGACUUCUGCUACAUCACAAACACACACACACACACACGUACUGAGCUACACACACUGAAACAUUGAGCAAACAUCAUUUUGUUUGGGACCAAAUUCAGAAGAAGGAUUACAAAGCAGCACAAUAACACGGUUGCCUACAUGCUCAGAUCUACCGCAGAAUACAGACUCAUUCAUCCACAGGAGUGACCCAUAAACUGAGCCCACGAUAGAGUCUCUGUGUGGGCAACUAAUCCUGGGACUAAGAUCUGCAGAAAAAGCAGAAAAGCGGUGUUUUAUCCACAGAGAUUUGGUGCAAGACCUUCGUUUGUUGAAUCAAAUGUGGUGAAAGUGUCCGUGUGGUAUUGAAGUUAUGAAUGUAACUGAACUGAAGCACCAUUAGAAGUUAGAGGAAACACCUAACUGGGUGUGCAGUGAGUAAAAAGGGUCCUCAUUUUAGCAAAGAGAAUUAAGGACAGACUCCAACAAGCUGUGCUGAUGAUCCUGCACAAAUAAAUCAAAAAAGACUUGGUAACACUUUACAACAGUGGCGGCUGCUGGUCUUUCAAUGAGGGGAAGCUCAUUUUUCUGGCCUACAUCAUAAUUGUAUUUGUUUAUUAGUAUGUAACAGAACAGAGUCGCCAAACACAACGGCAGUCGUUUUUAAUAAAGACAGAAGUCGCUGAGGAUCGGUAAAGUCUCCGGAGCAGUUAAGAACAACGGAAUGAAUGACUUGGAAAAUGCUCUGGUAGAUGUUUUAUUCUUCAAGAUCGCUGAUUCGCUUGUUUAGCUGUCAAUCAAAAAAGGAUUUCGCCUCAGACAGCUCAUCCAAUCAUGGAUGCAGAAGCUUGCAGUCCGGGAGAAAGUCGGGACCGCCCUCUCGCCAUAGAACUCCAGUGAAGCUUAGCUUCCAUUGGGCGGGACAAAGCCCAGCAUUUAUCCAAUGAGCGUCUAGUUUCGCUGCUGGAACAACCCACUUUUAGCUUCCACAUUGAAGUCAGCAGAAGCCCAGCGUCCGGCUGUUUAAAGCGCUGAGGCGCUGCGAGGAUGAAUGAGAACGAAGUUAUGCCGGUUACCUAUAAUUAUCAGCUUCUUAUCACAGUGUCUGAACAAAAGAUGAAGGCUUUCUAGUGCGUAUUUAGUUAAUGAAAUGUACACACAGCAGUACGUAUUUCACCACUUUUUCUUUUUUUUGGGGGGUGACAUUUUAAGGGAAGCCGAGCUUCCCUUGCAGUCUUAGAGCAAUCGCCACUGCUUUACAAUACCCAUAAUUUAUAAAUGUUAAAAAGAUAGUUUAUUAAUGUUUAAUCAUCAUUUAAAAACAGCAUAUAGACCAAUUAUAAAUUGCAAAUAGAUAGUUUAUUAAUGUAAAUUAAUAGUUUCUUUACCAUUAACUAGCAAUGGAAUUUUGAUGAAUAAUUUUCAUUAAUUAUUAAUGGACUCUUUAUUAAAGGUUUAUAUAGGGUUUAAAUAUUGGUUGUAAACGGAGCCGGCCCAAGCCUCAAUUGGGCCCAAAGCAAAAUGUGAUUUUGGGGCCCUCUAUUUCUGCCAAUAAUAUUGAUUGUUGAUCAUUCACACACCUUCACAAACCUCUUUGAUUAACAUUAACCUUUAUCUUGGCAUUUUUUCUCCUCUUCCUCUUUCUUUUCUCUGCUCAUGAAGGAUAUGUCCUUUUUUGCGACAUUGUUUUGCCCCACAACUACCUGUGCUUUGAAUGCUCAGUGCACAUUGCACAGCAGGAAGCACAUAAUGGUAGCGGAGCUUUGACAUAUCGGCAGUAAGAAUCGUAGGCCUAUAUCAGCAGCAGCACUAAAAUGUUUUUACUUUAUUUUAUUUUUAUAAUAAUAUACAUUUGGUCAUACAGAAAGCGUCACUCAUACAGGCAAAAAAUAAAAAUUAUUAAAAAAAUUUAAAAAAAUUUAUUGCUCUUGGGGGCCCCCUAUUGGCCGGGGUGCCCUAAGCAGGCACUUAGUUCGCUUAUCCCUGGUUGUAAAACAGCUAGAUUAAAAUGUGUGUCAGUAGCACUUUGUAAAUGGUAAAUAUUUGGUUUUUAAACCGUUUAGAAACAUUACUUAGAUGGUUAUUGUAAAGUUAGGGUUAGGUUUUUAAAAUUGUAAAAAUUUACAAUUUAUUAAUGGUCAAUAUGCUAUUUAUGAAUGAUGAUUAAACUACCUGCUUACCAUUUUUAAACUAUCUAUUUACCAUUUAUAAGUUAUGGUUAUUGUAAAGUGUUACCAAAGACUUUUUUUAUCUUUUUAUUUUUUUGUGUUUUUGCCAAAAAGCAUUAAUUAUAGAUGUGCUUUAGAAACCACCUGAAUUAAGACCAAACUGAAACAGAAAAACCUAAAUUUAGAUUAGUGUUUGACCUUUCAGCAUUAACUUUCCAAAAUACUUAGACUGAUAAACUGAUCACCUUAGAGAAGAAGAAAAAAUAAAGGUCUUUCAUGCUGAUUAUAAAGUACAAAAGCUCAGAUGUGUGACUAAAUUUGAUCCAGUGAAAGAGCCUGAAACGAUCUCCAUGUUAGUUUCAGUCUCCCUCUCCUGUAUUGUUUCCCCUUUUCUCUCCUCCUCAAACCCGAGUUUCAAGCGCUAGCCCCCUCCCCCCUAUUUUCCCACUCCUGUCAGUUUACAAUUCAUGAGGGCUAACAGUUUUUCUACAAGGUGUUGUUACUCCCCACAGACAGAUACUGUCACGUGUUUUUGCCUGAACAAAGACCCGAGGGAGAAAAUAAGUCGUUUAUGAGUCCAAACCUGCGAUCUUAAAUCAGCCUGAUCGAGUCUGAGAAUGACUUGCUUUCAUUUUCACUUCUGGUAAAAAUGAAAGCACACUGAACGGAGGCUGGUUUUCCACGUCUUCCACUGAAGUUUAUGUAUUUAACUUUUUCAUGUUUACAGAUUAAGAUGGAUAUAAAGACAUAAAAGAGUGUUGCCGCCAUUAGAAACACCAUACCAAUGACAUGAUGCAGUGUUAACCCACAGUAUAUGCUUGAAUCUCUUUCUUUAAGGCUAUGCUAGUUUAAUGAGGGCUGUCAGAGUUUCAAUGUGUUUUAUUCAGAUUGUGCCGAAUGCAAGUUUUCCAUAUCCUUCAUUUGACCUGAUUUUUCUGUUUUUCUGUUGGAUUUAAAGCAACAGAGAAGCACAAAGAAGAGAAAACGGAGCUUGUAUAUUUGGAGGAAGGGGGUUCACUCUUUAAAUGUUGUUGAUUUGAGCUUAAAUGUGACUAAAAAGAUAAGAUUUGGUGUAAAAAUGAAAGAUUAUUAGUACAUAGAAAGAUAUUUACGGAGUAUUUUACCACUCCACGUUGUUUCCACUGACCUGUGAGUCUUUGUCUCCUCACUUCACGGACAUUUCUGCUGAUUUUUACCUGGAGAUUGAUGUUUUUUUUGUUAAACUAGAUGUUCACUCAGCAUCGGUGUUCACUGCCAGUUUGUUAUAUACACUCACUGAACAAAUGUGGUCCACAUAGUUUGGUGAAAGGAGUUUCAUCUGUUCUGUGAGGACCAGUCUGAGCACAGUAUCAGAACAAACAUGUCGUUCUGAUCUCCAUUUCCUCGUCCUGGUUGUUCAAAGCUGUGUUUUUCAGAUCGUAUGAAACCACAGUGAGUUUUGGUACUGUGAGAAAAAUCCACCAAGUUUCACAUGAAUGUUUUUUUUUUUUUUUUUAAAGGAGGAAUAAAUGUUUCUAUCUGCCUGGACUUUUUGUGGUCUGACUGAAGUAAUCAUGACUCAGAUAGAGGAUACACUCGGUGUGGUAAUCACGGUUUGUGGUAAAAGUAAAAAUAAAAAAAGCACCAAAAUAAAAGGGAAGUGUUAAAAGAAAGCACCAACUGGUGGAAAGAGUAAAACUAAAGACAGAAGUAAAGAAAAAACUCGAAGGGAGAGGGAAUUAAAAGAGAUCUGUCAUCAGAGGAGAAAAAAAAAACCCAGAAGACCUCGAUGAUUUCUCUUUUAGUUUCUCAGCAUGUGUUGGUAAAGUUGCCC